AUGGCCGAGGCAACUUCUGCAGCGCAGCCAACAUCGGCUUCGACACCGACACUGCUGCCACGCGUCGCCAUCCAAUUCUGCACUCAGUACAACUUUGAUUCCCAGUUCGCCCAAGAGCUCCUCUCGACGUUCUCAACUUCCAUCGGCGAAGUCGCCCUCCAGCCCUCGACAGGCGGCACCUUCACCGUUACCCUCACCCACCUCCCCGCCGGCGCCGAAACGACCUCGACGACGAUCCUCUGGGACCGCAAGACGGAAGGAGGCUUCCCCGAGACCAAGGAGCUCAAGCGCCGCCUCCGCGACGUCAUCCAGCCCGACAGGGACCUUGGCCACGUCGACCGCAAGCACGCGAAGCCUGCCACCGAGACAACAGCAACAACAACAACAACAACAACAACAACAACGUCCGACACCCCAGCUUCGGACGCAGUGGCAGCGGCGCCGACAAUGGCCCCCUCUUCCGCCUCCUCCGUCUCGGACGUCAUCUCCCAGCUCAAGAAGCACCCCGCAAACGCGAACAAGAGCCCCGCUGGCGGAGAGGAACAGAGCACCCUCAGCGACGCGGCCCGCGACGCCAUUGGCGCCGCGCGCGGCAACACCGGCCAAAAGGCCAAGGCCGAGAUCUCGCCCGCGGGUCAGCUGCCGGGGCAGCAGUACGAUGAACCGCCGGCCAAGUUCAACAAGGAGAAGUGCGAGGACUGUGCCUGA